AAUACCGAUAGGUCCAUCCAUCGAUAGUAAAAUAAUCGAUGCAUCGAUGUUCCGCCACCUCUAGUUACGUGUUUUCGGCUUCUCUUCACUUCCUUUUCGUUUCCUUCCUCCUUCAUUUUGUUGUUGUUGUUGCUGUUGCCACUCGGCUGCCGUUAGUGUGUGAUUAAACAAUAAACAAAUCACAAAUCGCGGCAGCAACAACAAUCGCCUAUAAACGCAAGUAAAUCUAAGCCAGGCCACCACCACCACCGCCGUCUCUGCCUCCGCCACCGCCACCGCCAGUCCCGUUCCCCCCCACCAAUCCCCUUGCCGUGCCGCGCGCGGUGUGUCUUAAUAUUGCGGAGUAAUUUUUCGCUGCAUUUGCUGACUGGCUGGCCGCCCAAUCGGUUCCCAACCUCUCCCCCUGGCUGGCUGGAUCAUUCUGGCCCGCAGACCCAACAACAACCACACAAAACGAGUGCCAAUCGAGAACAAAAACAAGAAAAGAUCGAAACGGAACGGUGUUCCCAACGCAGUUCGAGUGAAAAACGCGUGUGGAGCAGCGCCCGCGACUCUGUUCAUAUAAAUUUUUUUUGUUGGUUAAAAACAGUUAACAACCGAAAGAGCAAAACAAAAACAACUGUAGCUCCAAAAUGACAUCAAAGAAGCGUAAAACCCUUUUAGACGCCGACGACGAGGAUGACAACUUUGAUGAGGACGAUUCCGGUUCCGACUUCGACGAUGACGAGGAUCCAGAUCAAAUAGAAGUACCAGGUGGAGGUCGAGAUCUGAACACGGCAGUCACCUACGCCCAGAACAUUCGCAGCGGGGUGGGUGUGCCCAAGACCAGUGCUCCAGUGCCCAUUGAAUCGGCCAAAAUAGUCAUCAAUAACAACAACAUCAAGCCGAUAUCCUUGCUGCGCAUCAACAACAACAACAAGCCCAUAGUGGGCAGCAUCCUUGCGAAUAAUAUUAAAAACAGUAACGGCACCACCGCCGUCACUGCCAGCCCGCUACGUAAGAUAAUCACUCCGAUAACCACCACAGUCCGGCCAGUGGUGGGCGGAGCUGGGACGGCGACCGUCGGAGGCGUGACAGUGGGCGGCAAGAUCACCGCGAUCCCGAUACCCAGAAAAGUAGUGCUAGAGAAUAAUUUAAGCAACAUGCCAAAGAAACUAAAUAACACAAUAACUGCGAGGAGCAGCAGCAGCAACCCAGCGGCCAGUGGCGGGUCUGCUGGUGGCAUCUCCGGAGCAGGCGGCGGCGGCGGAGGAGGGGGAUCGGCCAGCAGUUACCUGAGCAGCGGCGCCGGGAGCUACCUGAACAGCCUGAGCACCAACGAGCUGAUGAACCUGGCCGCCUACGUGGCCGCCAAGGGAAACAGUGGCCCCCCGCCGCCGCCCCCCUCGACGGCCACCAACUCGGUGAAGAGUGCAGGGAUGGGGGCAGGGGCUGGGGCAGCGGGCUAUUAUGGAGGCGGUGGCGCCUCCACGGCCUCCACCUCCGCCUCUGCCGCCAACUUCAACAUGGCCGCGUCUUUAUUGGCGCAGAUGAGCUAUGCGGGCGCCGCCUCGCCCAUCCGCCCCUACAAGGUGACCCCCACGGGCCUCCAGAAGAUGGCACCCGCCACCACAGUGGCCACCACCAAAGGAGCGCCUGGCUCAGGAGCGGUCAGCGGGGCAACCGGAGCUGCCGGAGGAGCCGGCGCUGGCGGGGUCAAGGGCGGCACCGCCAUGAUGGAGGCCAUCCAGAAGCUGAUCGCCAUGAACCCGGAAUACCUGACCAGCGGAAUCCCCAACAACGUGUUCCAGCUGUUCAUGCAGUCGAUGCAGCAACCCCGUCCGAAUGCGGCGGUGCCGACCAUGCAGGUAAACCCCGGCACCGGUAUGUCCGCCACUGCUAGCAGCGUCGUGGGGGCACAUCCCUCGGCGGUUACUUACGUCCAGCAGGAGGACGACGAGGCCGACUACGAGGAGAUGGGCGUGGCCGAGACUUAUGCGGACUACUGGCCAGCAAAGUUGAAGCUGGGCAAAAAGCAUCCGGACGCCGUGGUGGAGACCGCCUCGCUUAGCUCCGUGGAGCCAUGUGAUGUCUACUACAAACUAUCCAUUCCCGCCGAGACCAUCAACAGUGGCCAGCUGAGCGCCCUCCAGCUGGAGUCCAUUACGUACGCCUCCCAGGCCCACGACCACCUCCUGCCCGACGGCAGCCGGGCCGGCUUCCUCAUCGGCGACGGUGCUGGUGUGGGCAAGGGCCGCACCAUUGCCGGAAUCAUCUACGAGAACUAUCUGAAGGGGCGCAAGAAGGCGCUCUGGAUAUCCGUGUCCAAUGAUCUCAAAUACGAUGCCGAGCGGGAUCUCAGCGAUAUUGGAGCCAGUCGCAUCGACGUCCAUGCUCUAAACAAGUUCAAGUACGCCAAAAUCAGCUCGGAUGUGAACAACAACUGCAAGCGCGGCGUCAUCUUCAGCACCUAUUCCGCCCUGAUCGGUGAGUCGAACAACAAGACGGGCAAGUACCGGUCCCGCUUCCGCCAGCUGCUGCAGUGGUGUGGCGAGGACUUCGAGGGCCUGAUCAUCUUCGACGAGUGCCACAAGGCCAAGAAUCUGUGCCCGGUGGGCUCCGGCAAGCCGACAAAGACGGGCCAAACAGUCCUGGAGCUGCAGCAGAAGUUGCCAAAGGCGCGAGUCGUCUACGCCUCCGCCACGGGCGCCUCCGAGCCCAAGAACAUGGCGUACAUGGUGCGCCUGGGUCUCUGGGGCCAGGGUACGGCGUUCGGCAACUUCAAUGACUUCAUAACCGCUGUGGAGAGACGUGGUGUUGGUGCCAUGGAGAUCGUGGCCAUGGACAUGAAACUGCGAGGCAUGUACAUCGCCCGACAGCUGAGCUUCAAGGGCGUCAGUUUCAAGAUCGAGGAGGUGCCACUCUCCAAGGAGUUCCGCAAGAUCUACGACCAGUCGGUGGAGCUCUGGGUGGAGGCCAUGCAGAAGUUCACCGAGGCGGCGGAGCUGAUCGACGCUGAGAGCCGCAUGAAGAAGACGAUGUGGGGCCAGUUCUGGUCCUCGCAUCAGCGCUUCUUCAAGUACCUCUGCAUCGCCGCGAAGGUCAACCAUGCGGUGACAGUGGCCCGCGAGUCCAUCAAGUAUGGCAAGUGCGUGGUCAUCGGCCUGCAGUCCACCGGCGAGGCUCGUACUCUCGACCAGCUGGAGCGGGAUGACGGCGAGCUCACUGACUUUGUUUCCACCGCAAAAGGCGUCUUCCAGUCGUUUGUGGAGCGCCACUUCCCCGCCCCCGAUCGCAAUCGCAUCAACCGCAUCCUGGGCCUCUACGACGAUGCACCCGCCGCUGAUUCCGCUUCCGGUUUCGGUCACAACAACAACAACAGCAGCUCGGGAGCUACUGCGGCGGCUGGCAAGCGCAAGGCCGGAGGAGCAGCUGCCAGUGGCCAGGACAAUGGCAAGUCGAAGAAGAAGAAGCGCCGGAACUCGUGGCAGGACUUUGACGACAGCGACGAGGACGAGGACAGGAAGCCGAAGAUCGAGGCCGAGAGUCCCAAUAGCGACAGCGACGAGGCGAACAGCGACGAUGCCUUCGGCAGCGAUCGGGAUGACGAUGAUGAGGACGAGGACGACGACCAGGAUGGCGACAGCGACCGGCGCAGCGUCGCCAGCGAUGCCAGCUCCGACUUCAAUCCCUUCUUCAGCGGCAGCGACAGCGACAUCGAUCCCUGGGUGAACGCCCGCAGCAAGAAGACCACCAAGAAGAAAGCCCAGAAGAAGGUCAAGAAGAAGGUGAAGAAGGAGAAGAUCAAGAAGGAGCCCGGCGGCUCCACCGACGCCGCCAGCAUGCAGGGCAACACAGCCAUGUCCGCGGCCGUGGCGGCUGCCUUGAACGCGGCCAAGACCCGCAAGUCGCAGCUCUCCACGCAGGACAAGAUCCAGGACCUGCUGCAGAAGAAGCAGGAGCUCAAGGGCACGGUGACGCCGGUGGGCGUCAAUGGCGUCAAGCUGAACUACGGUCCGCCGCCGAAGGACGCCAUCGAGCGGGCCUGCACCAUGAAGGAGGAGCUGCUGCGUAAGAUCGAGCGACUGGGAUCCCGACUGCCGCCGAACACGCUGGAUCAGCUGAUCGACGAGCUGGGCGGACCGGACAACGUGGCCGAGAUGACGGGCCGUCGCGGUCGGGUGGUCCAAAACGACGACGGCUCCAUACAGUACGAGUCCCGCACGGAAUCGGACGUGCCCCUGGAGACGCUGAACAUCACCGAGAAGCAACGCUUCAUGGACGGCCAAAAGGACGUGGCCAUCAUCUCGGAGGCGGCCUCCAGUGGUAUCUCCUUGCAGAGCGAUCGCCGAGUCUUCAAUCAGCGCCGGCGUGUCCACAUCACCCUGGAGCUGCCCUGGUCGGCGGACCGAGCCAUCCAGCAGUUCGGUCGCACCCAUCGUUCGAAUCAGGUCAAUGCCCCCGAGUACAUUUUCCUGAUCUCUGACUUGGCUGGCGAACGCCGUUUCGCGUCCACGGUGGCUAAGCGCCUGGAAUCUCUGGGCGCUCUGACCCACGGCGAUCGCAGGGCCACGGAAACCCGUGAUCUCUCCCAGUUCAAUAUCGACAACAAGUACGGUCGCCAGGCCCUGGAGACGGUGAUGCGCACCAUUAUGGGCUACGAAUCGCCGCUGGUGCCCCCGCCCACGGACUACAGUGGCGAGUUCUUCAAGGACAUUGCCGGGGCGCUGGUGGGCGUGGGAAUCAUAGUCAACAGCGAGAGCCAUCCGGGAGUGCUCAGUCUGGACAAGGACUACAACAACAUAUCAAAGUUUCUCAAUCGCAUCCUCGGAUGUCCGGUUGACUUGCAGAACCGACUCUUCAAGUACUUUACGGACACCAUGACGGCCAUCAUCCUGCAAGCCAAGCGGGGCGGUCGCUUCGAUCUGGGCAUUGUGGAUCUGGGUGCCGCUGGUGAGAAUGUCACCCGAGUCCGACUUAUACGCUUCCUGCGCAAACAUGCCACCGGAGUGGCUCCCACGGAGCUGCACACAGUGCGUGUGGAGCGUGGAAUGAUCUGGCAGGAGGCUAUUGAUAAAUACGCCGACCUCUUCAAUGACAACGAGGGCUUCUACCUGUCCCACCAGCUGCGCAACCAGAAGCGUACCGCCAUCCUGGUGGUGGUUCUCGAGCAGCAGCCGUCCCGCAGCUCGACGAGCACCGAUGCGGAGAAUGCCAAAAAGAAAAAGACCCGCAGCAAAAAGGAGAUCAUGUGCCAGAUCUAUCGGCCCAACACGGGCCUCCAGGUGCGGCACGAAUCCCUGUUCGAGCUGGAGAAGAAGUACCGGCCGGUGGCCAGCGAGGAAGCCGAGCCGCACUGGACAGAGCAGUAUGAUGCGUCGGUGAACACCUGUUCCCACGCCUACUGGAACGGCAACUGCCGGAAUGUCAGCAUGGGUCACGAUUGUGAGGUGGGAUUGCGGCAGCGACUGUACCACGUCCUGGCCGGGUCGGUUCUGUCCGUUUGGGGACGCGUCGAGCACAUUCUAAAUACACGUUCCAACAGCAAAAUGCAGGUGAUACGCAUGAAGACAACGGAGGGCGAGAAGAUUGUCGGCACGAUGAUCCCGAAGUCCUGCUUCGAGCUUCUGAUGAACGACCUGCGCAGCGACUCCGAGAAGCAGGAGGAGUUCAACUACUGAACCGCCGGGCCGCCCAGCAAGGAGUAGAAUGGGCUCCGGCUCCCCUUUUGUGUGUGAUUUUGUUAUGGCUUCGAUUUGAAGAUCCUCGGGAUACGCAUCUUCCAGCACCCCCACAUCCACCCCCACCCCCGGAGGCCAAGCAAGAGAGUGUGUGGGCGGAGAGGAGGACAGGCUAGACGGGCGGACGAGGAAAGCCUCUUAAGUAAUAUACAUAUAUAAAUACUAUAAUUACGUUUAACUAUUAAAUAUAAAUGUGUAUCUAUAUAUAUAUAGAUAUAUAUAGCACGUAUGUAUGUAAAAUGACAUGAAGCAUGCUGAGGAGAAGAAUCCAGGACAGCCGCUAUACUUUUUUCAACAUUUUUUUUCUAUUGACAUAUUUUUAAAUAGACUUAGUGCACGUUAAACCCCCAAAACCCCAGAACCCCCCGAACCCAGACACCAGACACUAGACAGACACCCAAACAGAAUGGAUGGAAGCUAUGUAGGGAGAGUAUCGUAAUGAAAGUGAAGAAAUGAAAACGCUUAUAUGAAUGGACUUUUUCUCAAUGAUGAAAUAAUAAUUUAAAUUAUCACCUUUAGUUUAACACCCACACGCUAACCCACGGCCAAGAAAUCGGCUACACACUUUGUAAACUAUUUAUUUUUUAUCAUUUAUUCCACAUACACACACACAUGUACACUUAAUAAGAUAAAUACAUUAUUAAUCGUUUUCUUUACAACGUAACUAAACCAUUAUAAGGUAUAUAUUUUUGAUGGCUGCAGCGCAGUGCAGCUAUACGAAGGAGAACCCCAAGCUAAGGCAUUUUUUUUUCUUAAAUUUAAACACAAAACUGCAGUUUGUAGUUAGAAGUAUCUACUUGUAAUACCUAAAAUAAGUUAAGCAUCUGAAAGAGAAAGCAAAAGUUUAAGAAAAAACGCGGCAGAGAGAAUAAAUGUGAAAAUUAGAAGAGAAGUAAGCGUGUGCACACAUACGUACAAUUAAUAAAUAUAAAUGUGCGGAUUAAAUGAA